GUGUGCAUGGUGCAUCAAGCUGAGCAUGAUGAUUAAGCUAUUCCUCAUUACUUUACUUUGCGCGACGCUGGUGUUUGCCGAUUCGGCGGUCCAGGACUUCCAAGAUGAACGGGAGAAAUCGGUGAACGGAUUUCUCAGUAUGGCUGAUCAUUUGAUGGGUCGUGAGAGUAGUUUGGUGCGACGAUCGGCACAAGGAGCUGGAGGAUAUGGAGGAGGAUAUGGAGGAGGAUAUGGAAGCGCGGGAGGAGGAUUUGGAGGACAUAUUGGAGGAGGAUUUGGAGGAGGUUUUAGUAUGGGAGGGGGAGCGGAAGGGGGAGCGGGAGGAGGCGCAGGAGGAGAAGGACAAGGAGGAGAAUCGUAGAAUCAAAUCACAAGGAUCAUCGUAGAAUGAAUAGUUUAUGCUCUUUAGGUCCAAUAUGGAAAUAUUGAAGCCUAUCAUUAGUACCUAAAGUAGAUAAAAGUGAUUUAGAUUCCACUCAACACUUUGACACAUCUUAUUAAAAUACUUUGCAUGCUUUAGAACCUCUCCUUCCUCCCUCCCCCGAUGAUUUUAGAAUAAUAAAACUGCAUUGCAUGAUA